AUAUGGGCGUGGGCGUGGGCGUGACAAAACUACCAAACUCUACUAUAACGGUAUAAACGACCUUCCUAAAGAGGAAACCUCCCCAGCAAAAAAAAAAAAAAAAUCCGAAGUCACUUUGUUCUUUUUUUUAUUUUUCUUUUCCUAAUUUUCUGUUUCGCUUUCUAUUUAUAGUUGUAUUGAUACUCUUUGGAUUCAGGUUCAAUUUUUUUUUCUUCUUUAACGUCUUUGAGAUCUUAGCUUGGAGUAUAUGAAGCUUCCCCUGUUUUCAAAUUCCCACCGUUUCCUUUACUUUCUUCAUUUAACCACUGUGCAUUUGAUCAAAACAAAUCUUCAACAAUAAACUUAGAAAUUGUCAAAGUAAGAAAUUGGAUUCAAUAACGAAUCAAAUCACAUCGUAUUCAAUUCAUAGAAGAAAAAAAUAUAGCAGGGUUUUUGAGCCAUGAAUCCAUAUUUUCCGGUAAAGGAAGAGUACCCGAGUUCAAGUUAUUCACAGUCUGAAGAUGACCCGCCAGUGACGAUGAUGCCGCCACAGCCGAUGGAGGGUCUCCACGAUUCAGGGCCACCGCCAUUCCUAACUAAGACCUUUGACAUGGUGGAUGAUGCUAAUACUAACAACAUAGUUUCUUGGAGCAGAGGAGGCAGCAGCUUUGUUGUAUGGGAUCCUCACUCGUUCUCCACUAAUCUCCUCCCUAGAUAUUUCAAGCACAAUAAUUUCUCUAGUUUUGUCAGACAGCUCAAUACUUAUAGUUUUAGAAAGAUUGAUCCAGACAAAUGGGAAUUUGCGAAUGAAGGGUUUCUCAGGGGCCAGAAGCACAUCAUGAAGAGCAUCAGGAGAAGAAAGACAACAUCUCUGCCCCCACCAUCUCAAGAAGCUCUUGGUCCUUGUGUUGAAGUUGGCAGGUUUGGACUAGAUGGAGAAGUUGAUCGUUUGAGGCGUGACAAGCAGGUUCUAAUGAUGGAAUUAGUGAAGCUAAGACAGCAACAACAGAAUACUCGAAUCAAUCUUCAGGCCAUGGAAGAAAAGCUGAAAGGCACAGAAAAGAAGCAGCAGCAAAUGAUGUCUUUCUUGGCUAGAGCAAUGCAGAAUCCAGCUUUUAUCCAGCAGCUAAUGCAACAAAAUGAGAAAAGAAAGGAGCUUGAAGAAGCCAUGUCUAAGAAAAGGAGGCGGCCAAUUGAUCAACGACCUGAUGGUGUAGAUGCAGGUGAAUCAAGUCGAGGUAGCGAGCAAACGAAUCCUGUUAAAACUAAACCUCUAGCAUUUGGUGAUUAUGGAUACCAAGUAACUGAGUUGGAAGCACUUGCGCUGGAAAUGCAAGGCUGUGGUAGGGCAAGAAGGGAGCAAGAGGAAGCACAAUAUGAGCCCGAACAUCGAGAGAGUCAUGACAAAGAACUCGAUGAAGGGUUUUGGGAAGAAUUAUUGAAUGAUAGAUUUGAAGGAGAGUUGGAUAUACUGGGAACUGAAGGAGGUGAAGAUGAAGAUGAGAAUGUAUUGGCUGAGCGGUUGGGUUAUUUGGGUUCAAGUCCAAAGUAGAGAAAGUGAACAUCUAGAUUGAAGAUUCUAUAGCAUAGCUACUUGUAAGCAGCAGUUCAGCAAUUUCACUUUGGUGGAACGUCUUUCGCCUAGCACGUUUUGUUGUAUUAGUUUAUCUCUAACUUUUCUGCAAAUGGGUCUUCAAAAAACAGUUAGGCCAUGACCUUCACUUCGCUUUGAUGCUUUCUUGUUAUUGGCAGGACAAGGGAAUUACCUACCAAGAACUGUAUCCGUGGAAAUCUCUCAUGUUACUGGUGUUUCAGACCCUUUUUUCUUCAUCUACCAUUCCAUUUUUUCCCUUUUGUAAAUCAUUGCCGCUUAUCUUUCUCUGUCUUUUGUAAGGUUGCAGCUGUAGAUCAGAACCUGUGGUAUUCACCGUCAUGACUUGUUUCAAGGUUCUUGUUUUUUUAACCCCUUGAACAACGCCCAUUGUACUCUGCAAAAUGUAUUUAAUUCACUAAUUGGCUGCCCUCUUGUAAUUCUUUUCUUGGCCUUAAAUGAAUGUAGAUUGUUCUAAAGCUCUUGAAAAUGGACAACAUGUAGCUGCAAGUUGCAAGAAAACGUAUUGGAUCCAAAGAUCACUUGGUAGUUCUUAAUUUUUUUUUGUCGGUUCAGUUUUUCCUGUACUUAAGUUUGUCUCUUUCUUUCUUGUGAGACAGUAGUAGGAUCCGUGGUCGGUGAUAAUGAACAACCAUGAAGUGUUACAUUUGUACCAUGAAGAUAUAUUAUUGGCCAUGGCAACUGGAUUCUCAUAAUUCGCUAUCUCUUUCACCAAUUGCAGAGCUACCAACCGGGAAUGUGCCGCUCUGCAAAACCAAACAAAUGAUUUCGUUGCUUGUUUUUGUUGACAUUGCUUUCAUCGUUGUCCUCCAGAUGAUGAAUUCAAGAAUUCCCUGAUAAGCACCAGAGAUUUUUUAUAUUUUGGUUGCUGUCUAUUUCUUCAAAAUUUAGAUUUAUAGAGUGAAAGGACUUGGUUUUCAUCGGAAGCUAUGAACACGAUCAUAAACUCAAAGCGACAUUCAUGUAGUUGUCAAAUUUUCUCAUUUUGUGGGGGAAAUGACAUGGAGAAUCAGAUCUUGGUUACUUCACAAGUCCAUUGGAAACCCUAAUUUGUUGGCUCUUGGAACAUGAAAAUUGGCUAAACAUGAAGAGAAAAAUUACUCCUUGCAAUAAAAGAUGGAAAAGAAAGUGGGUUGAAACAUUAACAGACGACAGUGAAAGAUCAUGGCCAUGGCUUUCAGCUUACUACAGUGAGUUAUUGGUUUUUCAAGAUUUAGAUUUAUAGUAA